UCGUAUCCAGCUAGCGUACACGUCAAGCAUAUCUGCGGCCCUUCGUGGGAUACAUUUGUGUAGCAUAUUUGUGCUCAUUCGUCGGAUUCACCGCAUCUGUGGGAUUUUAAACUCGGAAAAGUACUUCGUUAUCUUGUGUAGGCAGUUUCUGUCACUCCUGUGCUCAUGAAGUUACCGUCUCAGUACCAAUAUGCCUCGGAGUGAUGAACGUUGGCCACGAGAAUGAGACUGAGGGCAUUGUGACACACGCCGACUAGAUGCCCUCCAUCGCUAACACUGGCUCAGUGACUCCAAGCGAGCUUCCCAUGGCCAGUAGUGCUCCGACAGAAGAGCGUGCAGCCAACGGUCGAACUUCCGAAUCCUCUCCUCCCGCCUCCAAUUCAACCUCCUCGCCCCAGUCCCCGUCGAUCGUAGUCUCCUCUUCGGUGCUGGACCCGACUGCGCCUCAGUGGGAAGCCACCUCCAACGUCACCAGCAAUGGGCUGCUCCUAGAGAACGGUACGCACUACCACCACCACCACCACCACCAUUCUCACGCGUCACACCGCGGAGGAGCCAAAGGGGGCGUCUCGCACCACCACAAGGCGCAGGCCGCUCCACAGGGCUUUCUGCACGUAGGAUCGCCCGUCCCCCGCGGCGCUGCCUCCAUCUACAACCCCACGGCGGGAGUGGGCACGUCCAAUCCGCCGCCGCACGUCGUGUUGCUGCACAUCAACCCGGGCGAGACCAUUUUCUUUCAGAUGGGGGACCAAAUGCAGCUCAUACAGGGGCCAGCAACAGUGAGGAUGGUGUCAAACAGUUCCACACCACCGAUGGCGGUCCCAGUUCAGGUGCCUCCUGGCCAUGUGGUGCAGCAGAUCGUCGAUGAGAACGGUACACUGAGGCACAUCAUCUUGUCCCCACACACUGCCCACGUUGCCAUGGCUCCCCCUCAUGUCAACAGUCCCUAUACUCCCGCAGCAACAGCAGCUCCAACAGGUGCCCCAUUCUUCCCUUAUGCUCCUGCUGCCCCUCCACCUUUUCAGGGACAAUUCCAUCCUGCCAUGCAACCAACACUUGGUGCACAUCCUUCUCAAGGUAUGCAAGCACAGCAGCAGCAACCUCAGUCCCAGUUUGGUACGUGCUCAAACGGGUAUCACCCUGCGAACUCCGAGCACGUGUUGGGAGCCACUCAUGCAGGCGCAGGUCACAUGCCUCCAGGCGGACAGCAGACGGUGACGACGACCGUGCUGCAGCCGCAGCAGCAGCAGGCAACUCAGUCGGCACACAAGGAUGAGCGUGCUCAGAAGCAAUUCUACAAGCUCAGGAAAAAGCUGGAAUCAAGAGGUCCCCUCGCUGCACCUGCAGCGACGACGUCCGGUAGCUCUGGCUCAGUGUCACCGAAAUCAAGCCAUAGUUCACCAAGGCCUUCUAGCAGAGAACGAACAAACAGAAAUAAUUCUUCUGAAAGCUCUGACACGUCAACAUUACGGACACUCCUAUCCUCAUUGGCCGCCCCUGUGGUGUCUGAGGUGGCAUCUCGAACGGCAUUGGCCAGGUGGACGGCACCUACUCCAGCGCCGUCUAACGGAGAGUCGUCUUCUGAGGCAGAGGGAACAACGCAAUCACCGCUGCUUAGCAACCUUGAUAUGAUUAUGUACGAGCUGUUACUGUUGGAGAAAGGAGUGGAGAAAUCUCAAAAAGUUCUGAAAUGUGGCAAAGUAUUGGAAAGUAAUCUGGAAGAGUUAAAGCCUGCAACAGAGUAUUUUGUAUGUGUUCAAGCCUGUUUAGAUGAAGUCAAGGGGAGUCCCUCUCAAAGGUGUACAUUUCAAACAAAGACGUGUGAACCAGAUGUUCCGCAGCCGCCGAAGCUGGUCAGUCGGACCAAAAACAGCCUUUCCCUAAAGUGGAACGCUCCUUGCGACAACGGGUCCAAGAUAACCUCCUACGUACUCGAAUGUGAUCAGGGAAACAAUGGAAAAGAUUUUGAGGAAGUGUUCUCUGGACCUCAAAAGCAAUUCAAGGUGGCCAAAUUGUCCGCCUCUACGGCGUACUGCUUCCGUCUCGCUGCGGCAAACGCCGUAGGACGAAGUGAAUGGAGUGCUGUGGGCAAAUUCUCCACAUGCGGGACGGCUCCUUCGCAACCAGAUCCUCCACGAGCAAAGGAAAUCGGAGUCACAAGCAUUGUACUGGAAUGGACAGCGAGAGCCUCCGACGAUUCCUUCACAGUAACCAUGGAGCAGGAGAAUUCGCAACAUGGCUUUCUGCCUGUGUACAAUGGCGCUGAAACCUGCUGCAGUUGCCUGAAGCUGACUCGGAAUACAGAAUACCGCUUUAGGCUGACAGCUCACAAUGACGAUGGCACAAGUAUUCCUAGUGUUGCCAGCAGCUUCAGGACCACACCGGACCAUCCUGGAAGACCAGGUCGCGUCAGUGCUAAGGGUCGUCUGCAUAGUCACAGUUUUACCGCAUCCUGGGAUGCACCGAAAGAUGAAGGUGGGGCACCUGUUGACGGCUAUUCCCUGGAGCUGGACUCUGGAAAAGGAUUCGUGCCGGUAUACAGCGGGCCUGACCGAGAACACGUUUGUGCAGAGUUGGAACCGGGAACUACAUACAGGUUGCGAGUGAAUUGCCACAGCAUUGGUGGACGCAGUGAGUUUUCUGAAAUAUCGAGCAUCACGACCCUCCCUGUCUGCCCUGGGCGAUGUGAUCCACCACGACUACAGGGGAAGCCCCGGGCCAUAUCUGUACACAUCAAGUGGGGUAUGCCAUCCUACAACGGGGGGUCUCAGGUGACUGAAUAUGAAGUGCAGGUGUGUGGCCUUGGAUCCGACGGAUCUACAUCGAGGCUUGCAUAUCGAGGUCCAGACUGUGACUGUGUGGUUGCCGGACUCCUGCCGGGUAGGCAGUACCAGUUUCAAGUCCGUGCCUUUAACGUUGCUGGGGCUGGCCCCUGGUCGGAACCGCUGGAAGUAAUGAGCGGUGCCGGAGCACCGGACGCCCCUAGGGAUGUGACAGCUGUACCUAAAUCACCCACCACAGUGCUGGUUACGUGGGAAGAGCCUGCAUGCAACGGAGCGGCUCUAGCGGAGUACGUGCUGGAAUGCCAGAAGGCACAUCCUGUGAGCACUUCAGCAGCGGAGGAUGAGGAGGACACGGAACCAAAUGCGUUUGUGCAAAUAUAUAACGGGAGAGUUCCUCAGCACGAAGCCAAAGGGCUGAGUCCAGCGUCGUGCUACUGCUACAGGGUGCAGGCGGUGAACAGCGCAGGCGCAAGCCUCUUCUCCGAACCCGUCAGCUGCGAAACCCCACCGGGUCCUCCUGGUCCCGUGGGGUCCAUCCAGUGGGCAGCUACGCACACGAGCCUGGAGUUCAGUUGGAACCCGCCGGACUGUCAUGGAUCAAAGGUGCUUCGGUAUCAAGUGGAAGUAACGGAGUCCAACUCUUCACUGCCGACUUUACACCAGACGGAGGCCAAUCAUAUCGUCGUGUCUGCUCUUGAGCCAGAGACACUGUACAAGGUCCGCGUGCAAGCGGUGAACGGUAUCGGUGCUGGCCCGCUGAGCACUCCGGUAGUGCGGGCGUGUACACGGGCCUUGCCACCGAGUCCUCCAACCGUCGAGUGCAUUGGUGCGACCCACUCCAGCCUCAAGCUGCGCUGGGGUGACCCGAAGAGCACGGAUUUGAUCCAGUACACCUUAGAGAUGGAAACUAAGCCAGGAGUCUUUGGAGUGGUGUAUCAGGGUCUCAGCCAUUCGUACAAGGUGUCGAGGCUGCAGGAAGCGACGGCGUAUCGCUUCCGCAUUCAGGCUACGAGUGAUGCGGGGGAGGGGCAGUACUCUGAGCCCAUCAGUUUCGUAACCAAUCGUGCACUUCCUCCCGCCCCAAAGGCACCCAAAGCAACGCCUCAAGGAGAGACACUAUGCCUUCUGGAAUGGCAACCAACACGAUCUCUCGGGGAAGACAGGAUAAGCUACAUCGUUCAACUGCAGCACAGCAACAGCUCGGAAUUUUCUGUGGUGUAUCGCGGCGCAGACACCAGUUGCACCCUGAGCAGCCUGACUCCCAAUGCCUUUCACUGUGCUCGUGUGGCAGCCGUGCGCCAUUGCAGGGACGGCUCGGGUGACGUCACGGGGGCGUUCAGUCCCCCGACUUCCUUCCAGCUGGCUCCACCCCCCGGCCUGACCUCGCCUGCUGGCACAGCCAGUUGCCCCGCCCCUUCUGUGCUGGCCACCCAAUCUAGCCCUGCCUCUUUCAUUCGGAACUGGUGCACCAAAGGCGAGGAAGGACUCAGCGACCAGCAGUGCGCGGUGAUCGUUGUGGUCGGGUUCAUGCUACUCGCCGUACUGGUGGCAGUGCUAAUCAAGCGGCUGGAAUCGUGGAGUCGGCAGCAUUUGGACGUUCAGCACUGAUGACAUUUCACUUUUUUUUCUUUUUUUUUUAAAGCUCCAGGCCAUGCCUUCCCUGCCCUUCUCCUGCCACAUCCGCACUUGGGCAUUCUCGUGUUGCGUAUUUUUAAGCCUUCUCGUUUUUUGAGGGGAUGCCAAGACGUUACUUCUGUGUCAUCUUUGUUUCUUAUUUGCCUGCAUGUAGCCUAAUCGUGGAUGAAUUCAGCAGCGAAAAAGAACAAAUUUUUUAAUAGAGUGGAACCAAUAUUGUGAAGACUUCUGCGGUGAUGCCAGUUUGCCCCUGUCACCCCUGGCAGCCUUCAGUGGCCAUUGAAACAGAUUGAAAUGAUGCACGUAGCGCCGCCAAGCGUGCAGCGCGUCAACUUCUGAAAGAGCAUUGGGCCCAAUGCAGUCCAACAGGUUCACACUUCACACACAUGGUGGCACUACAUAAGUGUUCAAUGGUCGUUGGUUUCAGUGGCCAUUGAAGCCAAUGGCUAUUGACCACGUGCAUAGUGCCACCAUGUGUGUAACGUGUGAACCUGUUGGGGUGCAUUGGGCCCAAUGCACCCUGACGGGUUCACACUUUGUGGCGCCACACACAUGUUCAAUGGUCGUUGGCUUCAAUGGUAGUUGAGGACAGCCCCUGCGUCACGGGUAUUAUGCUUCCCUUCCCUGUGAAAGGAGUCCAGUGGAAAUUGGAAAAAAAAAAGCUAAUUCUACACUUCCCUGUGAAACUUUUUUUUUCUUCUACGUAGUUAAGGGCAUGAGAUGGCAUGGUGCUUUCUUGACGCAUCUCUCAAGAACUGUUUUGCCAUGCCUACAGGGUUGACUCAAGCAUGUGAGCACGAACAUUAUACUACAGGAGCAGGGAGGUCACGUGACCCAUGUCACGUGACACAACAGGGCAGGCGUGAGUGGGAAAGAGAAACCCAGAACAAUUAUUUUUGUACGUGUUAGUGUCUUAUCUGCACGUUUAUGAGGGAAUGCUGCCAAUCUGUUUCGACCGGCGGAUGCGUUCAUUGUUGUUGGUCGGCGUCGGUGUAUGCCUGUGUGCGCGAGCAUGUUUGUGUGCGUGUGUGUGUGUGUGAUGUGUGCGUGCGUGCGAGUGAGUCGGAGCUGGUCCCUCUCUUCACCCCAUGUCUGUGUACGAAGCAAUGAAUGCAUUUUAGAACCUUUUUUUCUCAUUUUACACACUUCAACUGCAAGGGUGCAAUAGCACACUGUGAGGUGGGGAGCUUCAAAAUGUGGUGUACCAAUAGCACCGGGAGUAUAUACUGCAAAAAGUGUCGUCGACGGCCACACUUUCACCUUUUUUUUUUUUUUUUUCUUUUGCACUUUUCGAAAUAUCACUGGGAUGCAUUUUUUUUUUGUCACAUACACAUGAUAGGAGAUUAAAAUGGUGGCAACUAUUGCAGUUCCGGGUGAGAUGUUCCUACGUCAGUGAAAUGGUACGAUAAUGUUGUUUUUCUUUUUUCUUUUUUUUUCUCCCUUGCGCCUUCGGUGUCUCUGUCAAACUACCGUUGUGGACGAUGCUCUCGGCACAUUUCCGGUGGUAAUAUUUCUAGGUAGUGAGUGAUGUGACUAUUUUCUGAUGAGACAGUUGUCGAGAUGUGCUUUUGCACGUGAAAGUGUGCUCUUGUUUAUUGAAGGGACAUGUAUGUGCUGCCAAUACAAGCAUUUGUUCUGUAUUUUCUUGCACUCGUUGAGACUACGUAGCAUUUUAAGAAAUGCAGCUUGUAUUGUUCUGUGUGUUGUAGAGCUUUUAUGCGGAGGAAUCAAAAGUGGAUGUUUUUAAGUCCAGAUUUUCUUUUUAGUGGUACACUGCAAAAGUCUAGUAAAUGAUGUUUCACAAUCGACAAUGAAUUUCUUCUUUUUGAAAGGGCUAUUUUGUUAAAAAAUUUUGGAGACAACCUUGACAUGAUGGAAAAUUUUGGAGUGACCUUUGCACCUUGUCUUGUAACUAUGCCUCAACCGAAGUUAUUUUAAUAAACAAACGCAUUAUUAUCAAAUAAACAAAUGAUCUGGGUAGCAUGAAUUCUGCAGCAUUAAUAGUAGUGUUCAUAGUAAUAGUAAUAUUUAAAUAAGUAUACCCUUGCAUUCUCGGGUCUCGCAUUUCUCGAACAUCGUGGGCGCAACAAAUCUGGUUUUACUUCAGGAGUAGUAAAAUGGGGUAAAAUCUGACAAUAUUCGGGUGAAAAGAUUAUUUUCUUGUAGCAAAAUUAAAGCAUUUCAGAAGUACAUGAUGUGCACAGUGUGCAUGUGUUCUCUGAAAUGUCUGUACUGGUGGCUGAAUUUAUUUUAACAAGUUCCUCCUUGUUUUUUUGUGUGUUUUUUUUUCUUGUUUUACUGUAAGUGAUCAUGCAAUUUGGGGGUAAACACUGGUUUUUGCCGCGUUUAGUCCUAAAACACGAGGCUAUCUUCUGAAAGACAAUUUUUUUGUUCUGUCAACUUUUCAUAACGUGAUCUUUUCGCAUGUGCAAAACUUCUCGCACGCCGUAUGUGUGCAUAUGAUGUUGCAUUCCACGGCCAACAUUUCUAAAUCGUUGUCCCGUCAGAGAGCGCUCCUCGAGCGGAAGCUUUCAAAAUCUGCAUUUCAAACUAAUGUUGUCAACAUUGUGCUUCCGAAGCGAACAUUCUCAACAGCAGAACAAAAAAAAGAAGAGAACAAAAAGAAGUCCACUUCAAAAGUCUUGUUUUCAGACCUUGCAGUGUCGUUGAAUUUGCUGAUCGUGAAAUGGUUGCGUGACACUUGUCGUAUGAAAUGUUUGUCGUGUACUACUUGUCGACUUCGUUGUGACGUGUCGUUUGUAUGGAUCUGACAUAUCUGAGUACUGACAGCAGAACACACACAAACACGAAAAAGGAAUUUAUUUUCGUAUAUAUAUUAUAAAUAUGAAAGUGUACUUGUCUAUAUAAUAUAUAUAUAUAUAUAUAUAUACUAUAUAUAUACAGGCAAAAUGUACGUAUUGAACAUACUAUACUGACAUUUUGUCGAUUUUUUUCCCCCCCCAAUGUUGCAAGCUCGAGAACCCUGGAGGCAUUUAGAUAUAGUCAGUGUUCUUCCAGAAGGUAUUACAAAAAGAAAAAAAAAAAACUGUAAAGCUUUUUCGUUGUUGCAGCCUCAUUUUAUUCUCAUUCCAGUGUGUAACUGGGGACUAAUUACUGCAUUAUACAAAUGUAUAGUGCUCUCUCUAUAUAAAUAUAUUGCCAAUAAAGGAAAGAAAAGUU